CAUAAAGUGAGUCUUUUUGUCAUAUCCUUUCUCGUCUGUGUCUCUUCGUCCUCAUUAGCUUAAGCAUCAUCAUUCUCUCACCUAACAACUCCACACAAGAUUCUUCGCAUGGAAAGUUGUUCUUCGACUUCUCUUCUCUAACUCGCUAUCUUUUAACUCACCCAGCUCCACUGAGUCGAAAAUUUCAAACCUUUACUCGUUUCCUUCAUGGCUAAUAACAACAACAUCCCACAUGAUAGCAUCUCCGAUCCAUCUCCUACCGACGAUUUCUUCGAGCAGAUCCUCGGGCUUUCCAACUUCUCCGGUUCUUCAGGUUCUGGUCUCUCUGGAAUCGGCGGCGUGGGUCCACCUCCGAUGAUGCUUCAGCUUGGUUCAGGCAACGAAGGGAAUCAUAAUCAUAUGGGUGCCAUUGGAGGAGGUGGACCUGUAGGGUUUCAUAAUCAGAUGUUUCCGUUGGGAUUAAGUCUCGAUCAAGGGAAAGGACAUGGCUUUCUUAAACCUGAUGAAACUGGUAAACGUUUCCAAGACGAUGUUCUUGAUAAUCGAUGUUCCUCUAUGAAACCUAUUUUCCAUGGGCAGCCAAUGUCACAGCCAGCUCCACCAAUGCCGCAUCAACAGUCUACUAUUCGGCCUAGAGUUAGGGCUAGGCGAGGUCAAGCUACCGAUCCACAUAGCAUCGCUGAGAGGCUCCGAAGGGAAAGAAUAGCAGAACGGAUCAGGUCGUUGCAGGAACUUGUACCUACCGUUAACAAGACAGAUAGGGCUGCUAUGAUCGACGAGAUUGUCGAUUAUGUAAAGUUUCUCAGGCUCCAAGUUAAGGUCCUGAGCAUGAGCCGUCUUGGUGGAGCCGGUGCUGUCGCACCACUAGUCACUGAAAUGCCAUUAUCUUCAUCAGUUGAGGUUAGACUAGAGAGAGAUACUUCAUUAAAAAAAGAACAGAACUUUGGUAAUGGUUUUUCUUGCACUGACUUGUGGUGUAAAAACUUUCUUCAGGAUGAGACGCAGGCCGUGUGGGAGAAAUGGUCAAACGAUGGGACAGAGAGGCAAGUGGCUAAGCUGAUGGAAGAAAACGUUGGAGCAGCGAUGCAACUUUUGCAAUCAAAGGCUCUUUGCAUAAUGCCGAUCUCAUUGGCAAUGGCGAUUUACCAUUCUCAGCCACCAGACACAUCUUCUUCAAUCGUCAAACCAGAGAUGAAUCCUCCACCGUAGAUUUUUGUUCAUCCAACGGUCCCCAGCUGAUGAUUGACAUUUUGCUCUGUUUCCCACUACUAGACUUUUGUGACUCAUGAAAGGUAAGUAAAAAGGCAUUGGAGAUGGAAUCUAAGUAGGAUUUGUGCAGUAAAGAAGUAAAACGGGAUCUGUCAAAAGAAGGAAAAAGCUCUCGCUUGCUUGGCUAGUAUUUAUCAUUUUGAUGAAAGUAACUCUUUUUUGUUCAAAGACUUUAGUGUGAUUUUCAGGACCAAGGGCUUUGAGGGUAGUGCUAGCUGUAGUAAUAGUAAUGAAGGUGUGGGAUCGUGUUUCUGAAUUAUGUAAAAAAGGAAGAAAAAACAAAUGUUGGUAUUAUAUUAUGGUUUUGCCUCUCUUUUUUUUCUUGCACUAAUUUGGAUAGACCAUUUAACUAUUCAAAAUGAUAUAGUUG